AUGUUUAAAAAAAAAUCUGUAACAACUAAUAGUGGUACUCAACCACGAGCAAAAUCACCACCUGGUAAUAAACGAAAUGGUAUUACUUCUCCAAGAUUUUAUGAAAUUCUCGAUUAUGUUGCAUCGAGGAUGAAUGGUAAUAAUCAACAUCUUAUUCAUACUGAAAGCGAAGAGCAAGCUCAAGAAAUAUUAUUAUAUUGGAGUGAGAACCCUACUGUAAAUAAAAUGCCAGAUACUAAAAUGCAAUAUAAAACAUUACCAAAUUUAUAUAUUGGAAGAGAUGGUAAUAAUUCAUCUAGUGGAGUACAAGAAAACAGUACAGGAACAUUUAUCAUCAAGAAUUCCGAAACAUUAAAUAAUCAAUAUUUAGAUACAUCAUUACAAAAUAUUGUUCCAUCUUUAGCUACAAUUGAAAAAUCCGUUGCAACUAAAAUUUAUUUUGAAAAUUAUUUUUAUGGUAUACUUAAGAAACCAUCAGGACGUACUAAAAGACGUUUACAACUUGAAGCCGAACUUGAAAAAAUGGCAAUUUCUGAUAAAGAUAAACGUGAAAUUCGACAAGAAUGGCUUGCACUUGAAUCUGAUUAUAUGCGUAUUUUACGUAAAAAAAUUACUGUUAAUGCUUUUCAAAUGAUUAAAACAAUAGGUCAUGGAGCUUUUGGUGUUGUUAAACUUGUUCGUGAAAAAAAUACUGGUAUAUUAUAUGCUAUGAAAAUUAUGAGAAAAGCCGAUAUGUUAAAAAAAGGUCAAGAAGGUCAUAUACGUGCUGAAAGGGAUUUAUUAACAGCUGCUUCUGAAUCUGCUAGAUGGAUAAUAAAGUUGAUUUAUUCUUUUCAAGACGCUGAUCAUUUAUACCUUGUUAUGGAAUAUAUGCCUGGUGGUGAUUUAUUGAAUUUACUUAUUGAAAAAGAUACUUUUGCGGAAAACUUUGCUAAAUUUUAUGUCGCUGAAAUGGUAUUAUGUAUCGAAGAGGCACACAAACUGGGUUACAUUCACCGUGACAUAAAGCCUGAUAACUUUCUUUUUGAUCGAGAUGGACAUAUAAAACUUUCAGAUUUUGGAUUGGCAACAGAUUUUCAUUGGGCACAUGAUUCAUCAUAUUAUGACCAACAACGUCGAGAUCUUUUACGUAAAACAGGAGUUGAUGUUGAAACUGAUACACUUUCAAGAUUAAUGGGAAAAAAAUAUCAAUCAACAAAAUGGUUACAUAAAUGGUCUGAUGAUUCUGAUUCUGAUAAUGAUGUCCCUAAAACUCGUAUCUUAAGUUGGAGAGAUAAACAUCGUAAGAAUAUGGCUUACUCUAUUGUCGGAACAAAUAAUUAUAUGGCUCCUGAAGUUUUAAGAGGAUCAGGGUGGAGCCUUGGAAUAAUUCUUUAUGAAAUGUUGUAUGGAUAUCCUCCAUUUUGUGCCAAAUCUCGUCAUACAACUCGUUUAAAGAUUAUUGAUUGGCAAAACAAUCUGAGAUUUCCACCUACAACAUAUAUUUCUCAAAUUCGUCUUGGUUCAAGUUCUUCAAAAAAUACAAUUCGACCAAAUGAACUUUAUCUCGCAAAUAGAAAAUCUACUGUGAUGGGUUUAGGAGAUGCAUCAGAUAUUAAAUCACAUCCUUGGUUUAAAGGUAUUGAUUGGGAUAAUAUUCAUAAAAUGACACCACCAUUUAUACCUCGAUUAAAAGAUGAAACAGAUACUAAAUACUUUGAAGAUAAUAUCGAUGAUAAUCCAUUGGCUCCUCCUGAUGGUGAGAGGAAACCAAGAGAUCCUAUGUUAAGAGAUAAACGACAUGGUAAAGAUAUAUUAAAUAUGCGAAAAGCAUUAGCAUUUGUUGGAUACACGUAUAAAGGAUUACCUACUGAGCAACCAAGAGGUGGAAUGGCUGAACGUAUAGCAGGAAGGUCUAAUAGUAUUGGUGGAAGUUGGAGAAUUCGAUCAAUGAGUUUGUAA